CCCCGUAUGAGCACCAGAUGGCAAGGAGGCUCGUGGAAUGAUCGGUGAGUUCUCAGGCGAGUUUUCCGCUGCGGCGCUGCCUCGUUUGACUUGUGAUCCUCGCUUACCUUCUUCCCAUCAGAAUCCCAAUCGCGCGUCUGUUUCGUUGUCCUCUUGAUUCCCUCGCCGAUCUUUCGAUUGCCAUAGUGAUCCGAUUGUCCUUGUUCUAGGUGACUGAUGGCGCAUAUCUUGUUACAUGGAAACCUACACGCUACGAUCUACGAGGCAGAUUACCUUACGAACCCAUACAGAGCUUCUGGUGGCGCUCCUAAAUUUCUCCGCAAGCUUGUUGAAGGCAUUGAGGACACUGUGGGUAUAGGCAAGGGUUCUACCAAACUUUAUGCCACCAUCGAUUUGGAAAAGGCACGAGUUGGUCGAACCAGAACAAUUUCAGAUGAGCCUAUUAAUCCACGUUGGUAUGAAUCGUUUCACAUAUACUGUGCCCAUUUGGCAGCAAAUGUCAUCUUCACUGUAAAAAUUGACAAUCCUAUUGGAGCAACAUUAAUUGGAAGAGCUUAUUUGUCUGUCAAGGAGAUCCUUCCUGGUUGUGAGGUUGACAGAUGGCUUGAGAUAUGUGAUCAAAAUCAGAAUCCAGUUGGAGAAGCUAAAAUUCAUGUGAAACUACAAUUUUUCAAUGUUUUAACUGAUCAAAACUGGGCAAAGGGGGUCAGAAGUUCAAAAUAUCCUGGUGUGCCUUAUUCAUUUUUCUCUCAGAGGCAGGGUUGCAAAGUCACUCUUUAUCAGGAUGCUCACGUCCCUGACAACUUUAUUCCUCAAAUACCUCUUGCCGAUGGGAACUAUUACAUGCCUGGUAGAUGCUGGGAGGAUAUUUUUGAUGCAAUUAGCAAUGCUCAACAUCUUAUAUACAUUGCUGGGUGGUCUGUGUAUGCAGAAAUUACAUUGUUAAGGGACUUAAAGAGGCCUAGGCCUGGUGGAGAUGUCACUCUUGGAGAGCUACUAAAGAGGAAGUCUAGUGAAGGUGUGAAGGUCCUAAUGCUUGUUUGGGAUGAUAGAACCUCAGGAGGAUUGCUAAACAAAGAUGGUCUUAUGGCAACCCAUGAUGAGGAUACUGCAUUAUUUUUCCGCGAUACAGAUGUGCACUGUGUUUUGUGCCCACGAAAUCCUGAUGAUAGUAGAAGCUUUGUUAAAGGGCUCCAAAUUGCGACCAUGUUUACUCAUCAUCAAAAGAUUGUCAUUGUUGAUCAUGAGAUGCCUAACAAGGCUUCACAGCGACGAAGGAUAGUGACCUUUGUUGGGGGAAUUGAUCUUUGUGAUGGCAGAUAUGACACACAAUAUCAUUCUCUGUUCAGGACAUUGGACACUGCUCAUCACGAUGACUUCCAUCAGCCAAAUUUUGGUGAGUCAUCGAUAAGAAAAGGUGGUCCAAGAGAACCUUGGCAUGAUAUUCACUCAAGACUUGAAGGACCUAUUGCUUGGGAUGUUUUAUAUAACUUCGAACAAAGAUGGAGAAAGCAGGGAGGAAAAGAUGUACUUGUCGAGCUCCGGGAUCUCUCUGAUAUCAUAAUUUCUCCUUCUCCUGUCAUGUUCCCAGAGGACAAAGAAACUUGGAAUGUGCAACUUUUCAGGUCUAUUGAUGGAGGUGCUGCUUUUGGCUUCCCUGAUAAACCAGAGGAUGCUGCUAGAGUUGGACUUGUAAGUGGCAAGGAUCAUAUCAUUGAUAGAAGUAUUCAAGAUGCUUACAUACAUGCUAUCCGCAGAGCUAAGAACUUUAUCUAUAUUGAAAACCAGUACUUCCUUGGUAGCUCUUUUGCAUGGAAAGCUGAUGGCAUCAGGCGUGAGGAAAUUGAUGCAUUGCAUCUUAUCCCUAAGGAGCUGUCUUUAAAGAUUGUUAGUAAGAUUGAAUCUGGAGAACGGUUUGCUGUCUAUGUUGUUAUUCCAAUGUGGCCAGAGGGUGUGCCAGAAAGUGCUUCAGUUCAAGCAAUCUUAGAUUGGCAACGGCGAACAAUGGAGAUGAUGUAUAAUGACAUCAUAGAAGCUCUCCAAGCGAAAGGAAUUGAAGCAAAUCCAAAAGAUUAUCUGAAAUUUUUCUGCUUAGGAAAUCGUGAGGUAAAGAAUAGUGGAGAGUAUGAACCUGUAGAGAAACCACAACCAGACACUGAUUAUAGUAGGGCUCAAGAGGCUAGGCGGUUCAUGAUUUAUGUUCAUACAAAGAUGAUGAUAGUGGAUGAUGAGUAUAUCAUAAUUGGGUCAGCUAACAUCAACCAGAGGUCAAUGGAUGGAGGUAGGGACUCUGAAAUUGCAAUGGGGGCAUAUCAACCAUAUCAUCUAUCGACUCGUGAGCCAGCAAGAGGUCAAAUUCAUGGCUUCCGGCUGGCCCUAUGGUAUGAGCACCUUGGAAUGCUUGACAAUGUCUUCCUCCAACCAGAGAGUUUAGAAUGUGCUCAGAGGAUCAAUAGAAUUGCAGAUAAAUACUGGGAUUUAUAUGCAAGUGAUAACUUAGACCGUGACCUCCCAGGGCAUCUUCUUAGCUAUCCCAUUGAAGUCACUGCUGAUGGUACAAUUACAGAAUUGCCUGGAAUGAAAUGCUUUCCUGAUACCAAGGCCCCCGUCCUUGGUACUAAGUCUGACUAUCUUCCACCCAUCCUCACUACUUAAGCGCAUGAUGAUAUUAAUGUGUUUGGCCAACUAUUUGUUUAUCUAUUUAUGUAUUUAUCUACACAUGUUGGUUUGUCUUUUGAGAUAGCCUAGCGUGGCCAUUAGUGAUCAUUAAGUAUCAAGAACCAUAAUCAUCUUGGAUAUAGUUCUUUGUUUUAAGGAAUAACUUGCCAGUUAGUGUAUCAAGAAGUUGUUGAAUUUUAUUGAUAAUAUUUUGAUGCCCGAGGAGGGCGAGUGGUUUUGCACCA